GCCAUCAUAUGCGCAAAAAACAUGCGCCGGAGAUAUUGUCGCUGUGUAGUGACGUCACCGCGAAACAGUCGCUAAUUGAAGAUGUCCCGGGAGUUGAUCGGUCCGGCGCUCCCGCCUGGGUUCCUGAACAGUGAGGGGCAGGAGGACACGGAGGAAGUUGCAGGUCCUGUACUGCCUCCUGGUUACUCCUGUAACAGCAGCACUGACUCUAGCGAUGACAGUGAUCAGGACUCCACACCUAACCCUUGGCAUGAUAAAAGUGGACCAUGUACAAGUAAGAGGAGCAAAGACAGCCACAGAAAAUUGAGCCCAUCUCGAGCAGAAGAGGAAGAUGAUUUUUUUGGGCCAGCCCUUCCACCAGGAUUUAAAAAACAUUCUGAUUCCCCCGAGAGACCUGUUAUAGGUCCUGCCUUACCGCCUGGCUUCAAACGUGAACACUCGGAUAGUGAGGACAGUCCCGAUCAUGGUGGAUCCUGCAAUCCUUCUGGCUUCAGGGAAGGGGGUCAGGCCAGUGAUGAGGAUGAAGUCAUCGGUCCACUUCCUGCUGAAGGCCCGGCUAAAUCCAGUGUUUUUGAUGAUUUUGAACGCAGAGCUUUGAAGAUGAAACAGAAGCUGACUGCGACAGACGAUGAUGGGUUGAAGUCUGCUACCAGAGAGUCAUGGAUGACUGAGCUUCCCCCAGAGAUGACAGCAUUUGGGCUGGGCCCAAGAUCCUUUAAGAGAAGAACUAAUGAAAAAUCGGGAGACCGAUCGAUUUGGACAGAUACCCCUGCAGACAGAGAGAGAAAAAUACAGGAAAAACAAGAAGCAAAAGUUUCCAGCAGUAAAGAAGUGGAAAUAUUACCAUUAUCAGAAAGAGACAAAAGACUGGCCGACCAAGUGUCCACCUAUAACGAUUCUAAAAGAUCAAAAUCCCUAAUGGAUAUCCACCAGAAAAAACUGAAGCGGAAAGCAGAAGAAGAUAAAAACAAGCCACAGGAGAGGAGACCGUUUGACAGAGACCAAGACCUUCAAGUCAACCGAUUCGACGAUGCUCAGAAGAAAGCACUGUUCCGAAAAUCCAAAGAGUUAAAUACUAAAUUCUCCCAUGGAAACAGCAGCAUGUUCUUGUAAAGGACAAUGGCGUUCUGAGGCCAUCAUGUACAGACUUUUUAUCCC